CAGCUGAAAGAAUCGCGAUCGUAGAAACGGAGACGUCGCCUUCUCGAAUCAUCGGCAGAGACGCGUCGGAGAGUUGGAAUCGUCAUCGAGCCGACGCAGCCCACCGGUACCCUGUUGUGGUCGUACAAUCGUCGCUGGAGGAGGAAUUUGAGUCAGCGUUCUUGGGACGUUGUGGAAGGCUCAUCGCUUCACCAAGGUGGAUACGAUUUCUCUAUGGCGGAUAAGUAUUUGAUUAUCAUUGGAUUAAAGUUUCAGUUACUCUUUUGACAAAUUGGAUGGAAGGUUAUAAAUAGAAAUUUGGGUGUUUGAAUCGUAACUGGAAGAAUGAAAGUUUAUAUAAUGGUUUGUUAGAUGAUUGAUUUAAGUACGAUGUAGGAUACAAUUUUUUGUGUGAUUAUAACGUACACAAAAAGAUUUGUAGUGGCUGUGGUUGUAAUUAAAAUUUAAAAUUAAUUUUAUCAGUGUGAACACAAGCGCAUAGCGUACGACAGGUGUACGCUAGCCUUUGCCAUAUAUAUAUAUAUAUAUAUAUAAUAUCAAAUGUCAGUUGCUCGUUUGCUUGUUGGAUUUGUAAAUGAAUGAGUUUUAAAAACCUUUGGAUUUAAGAUGAAUUUAUUGCAUUGUGUAUUUGAAAGAUAACAUUGUUGUUUAGUUGAUUUUGAUCAUGGAUUUACAGGUUUGUACCAAGGCUUUCAAAUCCUUGCCUUCCAUGACCAAAUACCAAAUGAAAUGUGAUAUUUGCAAAUACGUGGGUCCACGGAUUUGGAGCUUAAAAAAAUGAUCAAAUCCGUGAGCCCCACAGAUAAGUAAACCUCAACAAACAAUGUUAUUUUGGCAAAUACAUAAUGCUUGGGAUUUGGGUGUCAAAUAUAUCACCCAAAUCACACAAGCAAACAUUACCUAGUUUUGAGUAGGGCAUAAGGCUUUAGAUCUAAGUAGUGAGAAUAAAUGACCUUUUAUUUUCCUUUAUAUUUCUUAAUCGCUCUUAACUUCUUCUUUCUAAUUUGAAUUUUUUUUUCACAGACGAAAUGAGUUCGUUGUGAUCUACAAAAUGAGAUUCAUUUUUAAUAUAUUUUGACAAAAAAAAUUCACAUCACUCGUUACCACCUUCAUUUUAACUCAAAUUUUGAAAUUUUAUACACGGAUAAAACAAAUUAAUCGUGAUUUAUUUGAUGUACAAAUUAUAUAGGGGGGGGGGGGACGAGUUCAUUCGUUAGAUACUAUUUCUUUUGUUAUUUUUCUUUUUCAUUUUCUAUUUCCUGCCGUAGACUAUGACAGUUGAUAGACCUGGCAAUCAGGUUGGGUUGGGUAAUUUUGUGUUGGGGACUUCGGUUAUAAGUCUGGUCAAGCUUGGUCGGCUAAUUUCGGGUCACAUAUUGACCCAACCCAUUCGGUUUUGGAUCGGGUUACAUGUCGUUUCGGGUUAUGAGCGUUCUUAGAAACAAUAUCAAACAUGCUUCAUAUUUUCUUAAAGAACACAAAUUUUCACAUAUGCAUGUCAAUAGUUUACCUAACACAUGUCAAUUAACAUAUUCUCAAAUCCUUCCACGCUAAUGAGAUGAAAUACAAGGUGCGCAAAUCGUCAAAAAACAAUCAUAAGAGUAAUAAUACUACAAGAAACACAUGAUAUUUGAUUAUCCUUAAACUUGAAACAUGUCAUUCAAAUCCUUGUAAUUUUUUUUAAACAUCUCACCAAUUUAUGAGUGAUUUUAUCAUAUUUUUGGAGUGAUAUAUAAAAUGGAACGGGCUAACGGGUUAACCCGCUAUCCCACCCAACCUAAACGAAAAAAAAACACGAGUUAUUCAGAUUUCGUGUUACAAAAAUUUCUAGUUUUCGAGCAAUUUCAGGUCGGGUCAAUAAACCGAGUUGUAAUUUGCCAGGUCUAACAGUCGACAACGAUUAGGGAUGGGAUUAGGUGCUAACCCUUAUAGGGGUUAGUACCGUGAUAACUAGCAAAAAACACUACUAAAAAUAACGAAAUCACUACGAAUUUUUAUAAAAUCAAUACAACAUCUAAGCUAAAUCACUACUAAUUCAAACUAGUAGUAGUUUUUCCCUUGGUUAGGACGGUGCUAACUAUUGUACAAUUAGCACCGUAGUUGUUCCCAACGAUUAUGUGCAAGAGUAAUAUAUGUAUGUAUAUAGCCUGGAGUACAAUCAUAUAUGAAAUUAAAGUCUUGGUCGUCAAUGUACACGUCUCCCGUCGUGGUUGCCAUAAGUUAACUGUCAUUGGUUCUAACAGGUGGACCAUUACCAUAUACAGGCCCGCUCUUUUUUAUCACUCACCGUAUAUAUAACUUCUACAUCUACAAAUCUACAAAUAAAUAUAAGAAAAUGUCAACACAAAAUUUAUGCCACAUUAGCCAGUGCUCUUCAUUUCGCAUAAUUCGGAUGGGUAUUAAUCAUGGUCCAUGAAACCGUACCGUACCGAUGGUUCAACCACGAUGGGAGACGUGUUUCCACAAAUCUACAAAUAAAUAUAAGAAAAUGUCAACAGAAAAUUUAUGCCACAUUAGCCAGUGCUCUUCAUUCCACAUAAUUCGGAUGGGUAUUAAAAUGUUGAAAUUAUUAAUUUGGCUGAAGAUGUACUAACUAAUAUAUAGAUAUGAUUAAAAAAAUGGUCAAGGAGCGAGGCACCAAAUAGUUUAUUUACAUGAGUUUCUUGUAUAGGGGGGUGUGCAACGGUUUGUUCAUGUUUGGACUGGAUCGAAUUCAGGCGAAUCAUAGUUUAUUUGUGAAGAUAUUAGAGAAUCAAUUAUCAGAUCAUCAUUGUCUUUGAUCCAUUCGGUUCGGUCCAAACAUCAAUACAGUCCAUCUUUUUUUUAAUAAUUAUAAAAUUCAUAGAAUAAGGACCGAACCACAAUAUAAUCGGUUCAAUACGAUCCAAUCCAAAUAUAUACUAAUUAGGUCCUGUGCGAUGCAGUACGGAUCAAACCAUUGCACCCGGAGGUGAGCAAUUAACUCCCCCAAUCCUUGAGCCGAAUCGAAUCCAGCUUGCAAUAUAAUAUUGUCUGACUUGUAAGCAUCACCAAUACAUGUAGGAUGCAAAUGCGGGGAAAUUUCUGAGGAAUAUUUCUAAAUAAUAUCCGGGCGCGCGCGUAGCCCAGUCUCUGUCCCUUAGAAGCAAUUAGUUAACGCUGAAACCAACUACAAUUCAUAUUUUAUUCUUUAUCUCAACCAGUAGCUUGCUUGCAUCUCAAGACACACCUCCACCUCCAUCUCUAUAUAUAACGAGUCGACCAGCUUCCCUUUUUCUCCAUAUUUCCUUCAAUCCACUUCUAUCGAUCCAUUGCCUGAGCUAGUACUGUAUAGCAUUCUCCCAAACUACUUUUCUGCGACCCAGUAACUAGCUAGUUUCGAUCGGAGCACUCCGGUCAAUCGCUAAUCUUGCUCUCAGUUAAUAACUCGAUCGAUCGAUCAGACAUGUCGAUCACAGAGCUCAGCGUUCAUAUGGAUUGUCCUGGAUGUAAGGCCAAGAUUCAGAAAGCUCUUCAGAAACUAGAUGGAGUGAACAACAUCGACAUAGACAUGGAGAUGCAGAAGGUGACGGUGAUGGGAUAUGCCGACCAAGAAACGGUUCUUAAAGCAGUGAGAAGGACCGGAAGAAGGGCCGAGCUAUGGCCGUACGGUUACAGUCCAGAGUACACCAGUUUCACCCAGGAAUCCUACUACUACCACCAGCACCCGGCUUAUCUCUUGGAGACGCAGCCAUCACCGCCUUAUGGCAUUCAAUAUCAUAAUCUUGAUGACGAUGAUCAGCAGCGGCGCGGCUACAGGGCUUCUAAUACUUACUACCACGACGAAGAUAGUUACUACCGGGAUUAUGAUCAACGGCGGGUCGUCUAUUCCGCCGUUAAACAGCCGGCCAUUGCCAUGUUUAGCGACGAAAACCCGCAUGCUUGCUCUAUAAUGUGAUGAUGAUCAUCCGAUCAUGAUGCUUUUUUCUUCUUUAUCUAUUGUGUUUAACUUUAAAUGAUGGAAAUUAGUUAGUCUUUUAAAGGUUAAGAUCCAAUUGUCCUAGUCUUGGUAAUACUACUAGUUUUGAAUUUGGAGGUUCCAAAUUUGAAUCUAUCAAAUCACAUAAAAGUAAAAGUUGGUAAUAGUGCAUUGUGUAGGUAUAGUAAAUCUGUCAAAAAGAAUAAAAAAUAAACAUUACA